UUCAUCGUACUUGCUGCCUUCGUAGCCGUUGCUCAGGCUAGUGUAGAACAUAUUGCUCCAGCUCUAGCUCUUGGCUCCCACAAUUCUGUUUCAAGUUACUCCAGCAUCCAGCAACACGCCCCAGCCAUCCACGCUUACGCUGCUCCAGCUGUCCAUGCAUAUGCUGCUCCAGCUGUCCACGCAUACGCUGCCCCAGCUCUUCACUCAUACGCUGCUCCAGCUGUCCACGCCUACGCUGCUCCAAUUGCCAAGGCCGUCAUUGCCGAACCAUCUGCUCCAGCCAACUACGAUUUCGGAUACGGAGUAAAUGAUCCCCACACCGGAGACAGCAAAAGCCAACACGAAUCCCGUCGUGGUGAUGUUGUCCACGGCAGCUACUCCCUCAUCGAAUCUGAUGGCACCAAGCGUACUGUAGACUNUGAACUCCGGUUUUUAGCUUAA